AUGGCUCGUACCAAGCAAACCGCUCGCAAGUCCACUGGUGGCAAGGCCCCUCGUAAACAAUUGGCCGCCAAGUCCGCAGCUCGCAAGACCGCUCAAGCAAGCACCGGUGGUGUCAAGAAGCCCCAUCGUUUCCGCCCCGGUACCGUCGCUCUUCGUGAGAUCCGUCGGUACCAGAAAUCAACAGAGCUCCUCAUCCGCAAGCUCCCCUUCCAACGACUUGUUCGUGAAAUCGCACAGGAUUUCAAGACUGACCUGCGCUUCCAAUCAUCUGCCGUCAUGGCUCUUCAAGAAGCUGCUGAAGCAUACCUCGUCUCGCUGUUUGAGGACACAAACUUGGCUGCUAUUCACGCAAAGCGUGUUACUAUUCAACCAAAAGAUCUUGCUCUUGCACGGCGGCUUCGCGGCGAGCGUUCGUAG